GCGCCAAUCCAUCAAACUCCUGAGGGCUCCAAACAUAAACUGCAUUAGAUCACCAGAAUGGACAAUUUGUUCAAACAACAAAGGGUUUAGAAGGGAAAACUGAGGACGAUUGCUAUAAUAUACAAGAAGGAAGGAAACCACCGCAAAAGAAAGUGUCCUUCAGGGAAGGUAUUGAUAUCUGAUUGUUCCUUUCAACUCUCUCAGUCAAAUAUCGAAUUGCAAAAAGCCAAUGCUUACAGUAAUAAAAUUUAAUUUUUUAUUGUUUUCAAAAAAAGCAAUUGAUGUCAUCCGUCUUUCAAGCCACUUGUGAACAUAAUUACCAGAAGCUGAUCUUUUCUUCAGGAUGACCAUCCCCGUCUAUACAUAGCCCACAUAACUCAUACAGGCAAUUACCCACCACUUGGUUGGCCAACUGUAGUUUGUUUCUAAUAUUUAGAUUUAUUCCCUUUCUUUCACCUAAUUACCAGCACAUUUUCCCAUCAAGCACACAAUUAGUUCACAAUAAGAAUAGAAAUUGUAUUUUCUUUUUGAUUAUCCUUAUUAAGAAAAAUGCAUGCAUCUCUUUUGCAAUGCCAUACAAGUUCUCGACUUUUAACUUGAAUAUAUGCAACAAUAUGAUUUGUGGUCAUGCUCUGGAAUAAGUAGCAAGGGAACAAAAAUUUUGUUUAUGCAGAAGGAAAAAAGACUCAAAACUGGUUCCAGAGGUCAUUCGCUGGCCAAAUGAGUGAGGUAAAAGAUGGAAGGGAUGGUGAGUUUGAGACUGCAAUUGCAGCAUCUGCAUAUGCUAUCACAUUACAGGAAGAAAGUUCACUGAACCAGAAAAGGUCCGUUGAAGAAUUGGGAAGCCCUUUAACUAAGACCAAAAGCAAAAGGGAAGAAAGCAUAAAUAAGUUAAGUGAUAGCAGCAAAAUUUCCAGAUGGUUCAGUGGUAAGGAGGCAAAAGAAGAUAGGAAAUCAUCAGUUUCAGAUGAUAGUUCGAUCAGAAAGUCAGCAACAUUAGGCCAAAGGCUGCUGGAAGAUUCUGCUGCUGAUCACAAAGUGACAGAAAAGAAAAUGCAUACCACUCCUACCAUCAAGAAAACUCCAACUUUCUCUGACAGUUAUCUAAAUGAGACGGGUAGCAAGAGAAUUGAUUUUGGAAAAAAUCAAGGGGGGCAACAAGCACCAUCUGCAAGAAAACCUACAGCUCCAUUUUGUAGAUUCAGAAAUGCCCGUAGGAAAACAACCGACUCUACUAUAUUGGAAUCAAAAGCAGACGCCUGGGAAAAAGCAAAGAUGGCUAAGAUAAAAAGACGGUAUGAAAAGAUGAAUGCCACCAUUUUGGAGUGGGAGAAUGAAAAGAAGAUGAAGGCCAAAUGCCAAUUGAACCGAAAAGAGGGGGAAUUGGAAAGGAGACGAAAUAGAACAUUACAAGAACAUCGUAAUGAAAUGUUUAGGAUUGAUAAAAUUGGAAGUGGAGCAAGAGCUAUGGCAGAAGAAAGAAAAAGAAAUGAUGAAUAUAAGGCAAUUGAGAAGGCUAACAAGAUGAGAUCGACAGGAAAAGUUCCCCAUGCAUGCCCCUGCUUAUGAUUAAUCACCUAAACAGUAGAAGCAGCACAACCAGAUGAUAUCACAUCCGUAUUAUUUGAAGGGAAUUUGCUUUCCAAGCUUCUGCUAAGCCAAGCAUAAAAAGUAGAACAUGGCAAAGAAGCUAGAAAGAAUCAUAUAUUGUAUUGAAAAUUUGGAAGUCAUGCAUAUAACAUACAAAUAUCCCUUGAAAUUAGCAAAUGAAAAUGAAAGCAAGUGUCAUGCCCCAAAUCCGGAGCAUGACAUAACCGUACUACCGAGGAGUACAACCCACAAUAACACGAAGCCAAACAUUAUAUCUUAGAUUUCAAAUCCAUCUUAACUUCCAAAUUCAUCUUAAAGAAAAUAGAAUAAAUAUGAAUCCAAUUUUAUUAUCCAUUAAAUGCAACCAAUAUUGGCUCAGAGCAUCUAAAUCCAAACUUAAAUACCAAAUCCAUAAUCUUCAAAAUUUAGAAAAUUAUUGAGCUACAAAUCCAUAAUCAACUGAAGAACUAAAAUUCUGCUAUAUAGAUCGCCAAGCUUGCUAGCACGAACUCGAAGUCUGAACCAUCCUUCGUUCCUAUUGACCCUAUUCU